AUGGGUGUAUUCUGCGGUGGCUUCCUCCGCGACACAUGGGAUCGUGCCACUGAUCGUUGCUUCCGCUUUUUUCCCUGUCUAUCUGAUCCGGCUCGGAGAUCUACUUUAUGUUUGAAGGUGGCUUUGGUGACGCUCCAUCUGAUUUUUCUCGGGGUUUUAUUUGCGUUAGAUAGAGAUUUGAUUGUCAGAACCAGAGAAGACCCAUGGUACACCGCAAUAUAUUUGUUACUAUUCGUUGCUACACUGGCUCAGUAUUUUAUCACCUCUGGAACGUCUCCUGGCUAUGUACUUGAUGCGCAGAAGGCUGUCGAUGAGAGAGAUGCUUUAGUUAGAAGGACAUCAGUGGAUACAAAACAACCAGCUUCAAGCAAAAAUGGCAGUGUUGUUAUCACAGUGGACCAGAACCAAUCAGGCCGGAAUUAUCAGAGAAGUAAUGUUACAGCUUGGACAAAGCUAGUGAUGGAUAUGUACCCUCCAGGAUCAUCUAUUAGAAAUUGGACAUGCACUUACUGCAACGUUGUGCAGCCCCCACGAGCAAAGCAUUGUCAUGAUUGUGACAAAUGCGUUCUUCAAUUUGAUCAUCAUUGCGUUUGGCUAGGGACAUGCAUAGGACAGAGAAACCAUUGCCGGUUUUGGUGGUACAUUCUUGAAGAAACAGCCUUGUGCCUUUGGACUAGCAUCUUGUACAUUGUCUACCUUAAGUAUAAUAUAUCAAAAACAUGGUGGGUUGAUAUAAUCGUAAUCUUGCUUUUGGGUACCUUGUCAAUUUGUUUGAUCUUUCUACUACUGCUGCUCCUUUUUCAUAGCUACCUAAUUGUGACUAAUCAAACCACCUAUGAACUCGUAAGAAGGCGACGCGUUCCAUAUUUAAGGGGAGUUCCUCAGAGAGUUUAUCCAUUCAGCAAAGGACUCUGCAGAAAUUUGUACGUCUUCUGUUGUGCCCGAAACAGCAUUCUGCAGAUGGAACCAAUGCCAUCUCCUCAAGAACUCGCAGAUAUGUCGAGACCCUAUACAUGCUUGGACAUUUUAUCUUGUCGUUGCUUCUGA